UUGUAGUGAUAGACUGUGGAAUAUGCCUCAAUUUGAUUUACAAAGGAGAGUUUUAGUUUCCACAUGGUUUUGUAUUCAUAGAAAGUUGUGGUGCAAUAUGUAGAGUAAGCUGGAAUAUGAUAUGCAGUUACCUGGGUUGGUAAGCAGAAAGCAGAAAUAACAAGUGAAUGUUGAGAGACAACUCACAUCUGAGGAGAGAUUGUUUAAAGUAAUUAAACCAUAAAAUAUAAUUUGGAAAUGCUCAAUUGGCCUGAAACUGUGUCAAGCAUAUUCAGGUGUUGGCAUUAGGAAUAUAUUCCAGAAUGAGAGUGCCAUACGUUUUAAAGGCCUAGGAAAGCAGUAGAUAAUUUAUAACCUAAAAUCAAAUUUUUUUAAAAAUGUGUUUUUGUUAGAAUGGGCAGUGAGUUUCUUUUAGUAAAUAACAAUGUUGAUUAAACAAAUUGUUGUAUAUUCAUAUUAUGGACUACUAGAUAACUAUAUUAUGGGCCACUAGAUAACUAUAAAAAUAAAUGGGAAAGCUCUCUGUGUACUGAUAUGAUCUUUAAGAUAUAACAAAUAUAAAAGCAAUGUGAAGAACAUGGUAUGUUGUAUGCUUACAUUUGUGUAAAGAAGGAGACAGAAUAUUUAUAAAAAUCCGUUGCACUAUGUAAAACAUAUCUCCAGAAGGAUACCCAAGAAACGUUAACACUCAUUUCCCCUGUGAAAGCAAUUCUCCUCAUCUAAAGCAGGGAUGAAUGCACCUUUUGAAUUUGGAACUAUAUGAAUAUUUCGCAUAUUUAAAAACAAAUGAAGACUUUAUAAAUUAAAAAAAAAGAAGAAGAAGAAAAGAAAAAUGUUCUUAGCAAACAUUUACAAGCCGUUGGUACAGUUUCCUGAGAAAACCUCUGAGCGUCGCUGUCGGUCAAAAGAACGAAGAGAAGAUCCAGAGAAGCUUUUGGGAGCCUCUUAGAAGGGAACUUCCUGCACAAACCAACCACGCAGAGGAGGCCAGUGUAGAUUCGGAAACAGAAAACAAAGGCAGGAAAAGUGACCUGAGCCCGGAUUCUGCCAUCCUCGGAAGGCUUAUUCCUCCUAUGGGCAAAGGAGCACAGGGAGCCCGAGGGAGACAGAAGAUGAAGGCGAGCGCAGGGAGGUACGGGCUGGUGUGGUGGCUGCAGGUACUGUUGCCCUUCCUGUUGUCUUUGUUCCCCGGGGCUCUCUCAGACCAGAUCCGCUAUUCAAUUCCAGAGGAGCUGGCCAAAAACUCUGUCGUAGGAAACCUCGCCAAGGAUCUGGGGCUCAGCGUCCGGGACUUGCCUGCCCGGAAGCUGCGGGUUAGCGCAGAGAGGGAAUAUUUCACAGUAAACCCAGAAAGCGGGGACUUACUUGUGGGUGACAAAAUAGACCGAGAGCAGAUAUGCGGGAAGCAGCCUCUGUGUGUUCUGGAUUUCGAUACUGUCGCUGAAAACCCACUAAAUAUUUUCCACAUAGCAGUAAUUGUGCAGGAUAUAAAUGAUAAUACCCCACUAUUCAAACAGAGUAAGAUUCAUUUAAAAAUUGGCGAAUCCACUAAGCCAGGUACAACAUUUCCACUUGACCCAGCCCUGGAUUCAGAUGUUGGUCCUAAUUCACUACAAAGAUACCACCUUAAUGACAACGAGUACUUUGAUCUCGCUGAGAAACAGACUCCAGAUGGACGUAAAUAUCCUGAGCUGAUUCUAAAACAUUCUCUGGACAGAGAAGAGCAUAGUUUCCAUCAACUGGUCCUCACAGCUGUGGAUGGCGGAGACCCACCUCAAAGCGGCACGACCCAAAUCCGAAUCCAAGUCACGGAUGCCAAUGAUAACCCUCCGGUGUUCAGCCAGGAUGUGUACAGGGUCACCCUGAGGGAGGACGUGCCCCCGGGCUUCUUUGUGCUUCAAGUGACGGCCACUGACCGGGAUGAAGGUAUAAACGCGGAGAUCACCUACUCCUUUCAUAAUGUGGACGAACAAGUCAAACGCUUUUUCAACUUAAAUGAAAAAACAGGAGAAAUCACGACAAAGGAUGAUUUGGAUUUUGAGAUUGCAAGUAGUUACACUCUGAGUAUUGAAGCAAAAGAUCCUGGAGAUCUAGCAGCCCACUGCAGUAUCCAAGUUGAAAUUCUUGAUGAGAAUGAUUGUGCACCUGAAGUUAUUGUGACUUCAGUAUUUACUCCCCUACCAGAGGAUUCGCCACCAGGAACAGUCAUCGCCUUGAUAAAAACGAGAGACAGAGACUCUGGAGAAAAUGGAGAAGUUUACUGCCAAGUGUUGGGAAAUGCCAAGUUUAUUUUGAAAUCUUCCUCAAAGAACUAUUACAAACUAAUGACAGACGGCGCCCUGGACCGGGAGGAGAUCCCAGAAUACAAUCUCACCAUCACAGCCACCGACGGGGGCAAGCCGCCUCUCUCCUCCAGCAUAAUUGUCACCUUGCACAUCUCCGACGUCAACGAUAAUGCCCCACUUUUCCAACAGACUUGCUACAUGGUUCACGUGGCAGAGAACAAUCCUCCUGGCGCCUCUAUCGCUCAAAUCAGUGCCUCUGACCCUGACUUGGGCCCCAAUGGCCAAGUUUCCUACUCCAUCGUAGCGAGCGACCUGGAGCCGCGGGAGAUUUUAUCCUACGUGUCCGUGAGCGCGCAGAGCGGGGUUGUGUUCGCGCAGCGCGCCUUCGAUCAUGAGCAGCUGCGCGCCUUCGAACUCACACUGCAGGCCACCGACCAGGGCUCACCUGCGCUCAGCGCCAACGUGAGCCUGCGCGUGUUAGUGGGCGACCUCAAUGACAAUGUGCCACUGGUGUUGUACCCCGCGCUGGGGCCCGAUGGCUCCGCCCUCUUCGAUAUGGUGCCACGCGCCGCAGAGCCCGGCUACCUAGUGACCAAGGUGGUGGCGGUGGACGCAGACUCGGGACACAACGCUUGGCUGUCCUACCACGUGCUGCAGGCCAGCGAGCCCGGGCUCUUCAGCCUGGGGCUGCGCACGGGUGAGGUGCGCACAGCGCGUGCCUUGGGCGAGAGGGACGCGGCCCGCCAGCGCCUGCUGGUCGCUGUGCGUGAUGGAGGACAGCCGCCACUCUCCGCCACCGCCACGCUGCACCUAAUCUUCGCGGAUAGCCUGCAAGAGGUAUUGCCAGACCUUAGCGACCGCCCUGAUCCCUCUGACCCCCAGACGGAACUGCAGUUUUACCUGGUGGUGGCCUUGGCCUUGAUCUCAGUGCUCUUCCUCUUCGCGGUGAUUCUGGCAAUCUCCCUGCGCCUGCGACGCUCUUCCAGUUCAGACGCUUGGGGCUGCUUUCAGUCUAGUCAGUGCUCCAAGCCUGGACCUGAGGUUCUCCCCAAUUACAGUGAGGGAACAUUGCCCUUUUCCUACAACCUGUGUGUUGCCUCACAAUCAGCCAAGACAAAGUUUAAUUUUCUGAACGUAACCCCGGAAUUGGUUCCCUCACAAGAUCUCCUCUGUGACAAUGCCUCUUGGGAACAAAAUACAAAUCAUGCAGACGCUGGGGUCCCUUUUGCCUCAGAUACUAUUUUAAAGGCCAGGGGCUCUCCCAACCGAUCCGCUACGCUAUUCCCGAGGAGCUGGACGGAAUAGCGGAGGAGGCUCCCUGGUAGGGAACCUCGCCAAGGACCUGGGUUUUGGCGUAGGGGAUUUACCUACUCGGAACCUGCGGGUUAUUGCAGAG